AACAGCAACCAGAGUAAGAAUGAGAAUAAGAAUAAUAAAAGGAGAGGGAAGGAAGAAAAAAAAAAAAAGCGCAGCCCCCUCCCCUCCAAGCAAGUCUCUCUACACAGCCAGGCGCCCUGCUCUGCUCGCCCGCCGAGCAACCAGCCGCUCCACUCCCUGUCCCUGUGCAGGCAUGAAAGAGUCCUGGUGCCACUCACUAAACUUCCUUCUUCCCCCUCCCUCCUCUCCGCCCCUACAUGCAGCUUGCGAAGUGCAACUGCGCUGCCUCCUUAGCUGCAAAGUUUGGAGCAAGGGAUCUGUCCUCGCCAGGCAGAGAGGGAGGACCGACUGGCGGCUGCUGCUGCUGCCCCAGAUCGCUGCUAAGAACAAGAUGAAACUCGGAGCUUCCCGCAACAGCUGUCGAUGCCCAGUGUUCUACAGUACAUGAACAGUUGGCUAGUCCAGGUGUUUCCUCUUCUGUUUUCGUGAUAUGUGAAUUGGAAAUUCAAGAGAAGACUUUGCAGAAUGGAAGAGCUAAGGGACAGUCGGCCCAAUAUGUCAAGGCCCCUGAUCACUAGAUCGCCUGCAUCUCCAUUGAACAAUCAAGGCAUCCCCACUCCAGCACAACUCACAAAAUCCAAUGCACCAGUUCAUAUUGACGUGGGUGGGCACAUGUAUACCAGCAGCUUGGCCACACUUACUAAAUAUCCUGACUCAAGAAUUGGAAGGCUUUUUGAUGGCACGGAACCUAUUGUUUUGGACAGUCUCAAGCAGCAUUAUUUCAUCGACAGAGAUGGGCAAAUGUUCAGAUAUAUUUUGAAUUUCCUACGAACAUCAAAACUCCUCAUCCCUGAUGAUUUCAAGGACUACAGUUUGUUAUACGAAGAGGCAAAGUAUUUUCAGCUUCAGCCCAUGCUGGGUGAAAUGGAAAGGUGGAAACAGGAUCGGGAGACUGGCCGUUUUUCAAGGUCUUGCGAGUGCUUGGUGGUACGUGUAGCUCCGGAUCUUGGAGAGAGGAUUACACUGAGUGGGGAUAAAUCCUUGAUAGAAGAAGUUUUUCCAGAAAUUGGUGAUGUGAUGUGUAAUUCUGUCAAUGCUGGCUGGAAUCACGACUCCACACAUGUCAUCAGAUUUCCACUAAAUGGAUACUGUCACCUCAACUCUGUUCAGGUACUUGAGAGGUUGCAGCAAAGAGGAUUCGAGAUUAUUGGCUCGUGCGGAGGAGGUGUGGACUCUUCCCAAUUCAGUGAAUACGUACUGAGGCGAGAACUUAGAAGGACGUCUCGUGCACCCUCUGUCAUUCGAAUAAAGCAAGAGCCUCUGGACUAAAUGGACAUGUUUCUUUAUGCAAAAAAAUAUAAAAAAGGGGACAUUUCAUGUGAAGGUUGGACACCAAACGAGUCCUGGAACUAAAAUUGAAUAAAGACACAUUUAUAUCAACUAUAGAGACCACACCUGAAUUCAUAUGGGAACAUUUGGAAUAGUAAUAAUAACCUGAAGGCAUAAUAUGUAUCUAUCUAUAUCUAUAUAUAGAUAUCUAUCUAUAGCUAUAUCUACAUAGCUAUAGAUAGAUAUCUAUAUAUAGAUCUAUAUAUAGAUAUACAUACACACAUACACACACAUAUGUAAGUGUGUGUGUCUGUGUGUGUAUGUGUCUCUCAAGAGGUAGGAAAUGCAAAAAAAAUAAAAAGUGGUAGGUGAGGUUGGUGCUGUGAUGGCCAUUAAGUGUCCUAGGCCUUCUUGAGGCCCACUUAAUGGUAAACAAGCCAUUACCACUGGGGCAUACACAGAUUACUCCUGUACAUUUUCCAUUGCCAGACAGUCAUCCACUUUUCAAUGUAUACAUCUUGAUUCAAGUUUAUUUGCAUAUGGAGAUUUAUGUCUGUGUCUUUUUAGAGGUGAAUGGGCAGGACUUCAGAAAGCAUCCAUCCACUGCAUUGGAAAACUAGUCAGCUGAUAUGUUACACAUAGUUUGUACAGAAGCCACACAUUUUUGUCUGCCCUCACUGAUGUGAAAGGUUACUUUUUGUUUUUAAAUGUUUUUUAUUUUUGUUUUUUUGUUUUCAAAGGGGGCCAGAAUUAAUCCUUGGUAGAGUUGCUCUGGUUUGAAUCUGCUGCUUUCCUACAAUUUUUCAAAUUUUAUAAUGUAUUAAAUACAAUAAACGCUGUUUAAAAUAACAGAGGUCUGAUUUAAAGCAACAAAAGCAAAAAUGGAGUUGGUAUCAUGAGGCUUUAGCUCAUUCUGUUAUGUGACUAGCUACUAACAGGUCUGGAGGUGAACAGUAAAUGAUCCUGCAUAAGAGUGAGCAAGCUGCAAUAUCAAGGCAUGAUGGAGUGAGUGAAAGAAAAUAGAUACUCUUACUGGUGCACCUUAUAUUGCUUGCUUACCUUCAGUAGUAGGUUGUUUUUAAGAUCAGCCCAAGUUUGAAGGGAGAUUGUUGUUCAGACUUGAAGGAUAACAAAAUUCAGGGCAAGGAAACCAGUCAUGAAAAUAAUGCCAGGUCAGUGUUCUGGAAACUGUAAUGCAACAAUUCAUAGUCACAUCACUCCUUCUGAAACAUGAAGUUGGUAUCUCUGACUGAAUUUCUUGCUUUGCUCAUUGUGUUAGGCUGUUUGGGGUUUUUUUUAAUAUCCUUAAAUACUCUUGUUUAUGGCUUAUGUAGUUCUGCAAGUUAUUCUUAUUUCGCGAAGUCUCACUGAAACCAAUUGUGAGCAUGCCCAAUUCAUCUCAAUUAGAUUUUGCCAAGUAAUCAUACUGUAUAAUGACACUACUGAACAAACUGUUCACAGGUUGAUGCUUUUAUCUCAUAAAAUGCACCAGCAAACACAUCAUCUUUCCUCCAAAGUACCUCUUGAUGCAAUACUACACAAUAUGUCUGUACAUUCAUAUUUCUAUGAAAACAUCUAUCGACACGGUGAUGCAAGAAUUCCAUUCAUUUCAGUGCUAUUUAUUUAAGAAGUGUUAACAGUAAAUAUUCCAUGUAACAACAUUUGUAAUACAGCUCUGAUAACUCAAAAUAGUUAAUCGAUUUUUUAAAAUUUUUUUAUACAAAAGAUGGGGAAGAAGUUAAAUAUCUCCAUGGCAGUGUAUGUUGUUGUGGUCCAAUAUGAUCCAGAUAUGAAACCAGUGGGGAAAAGUUCCAGAAAUCAGAGUUGAAUAGACUGUUAUAAAGUGUACUGAUGCUGAUCUGGAGGUAUACAUUUAUGAAAAACUGAAAUAGCUAUACAAUUUAAAGUGCUUGGUUUUGAGUGACAGCUAAUGCUCCUCUUUACAAAAUAAAUGCUUGUAUUUUUUCUUUUCAAACUGUAGUUGAUAAUUUGCAAAGAGGUAGGAAAGGAAAAAGCUGAACCCAUGGGAAAUAAAUAUUUAAUAACUCCUGAAAAUAAUUGCUACCUGUUAAAAUAUUCCCAUGGGUUGAAAAUGGAUUGGUAUUGGUAGUUUGAAACAAUUGUGAGACUGAAUCUGAAAACCUGCCUAUAUAUUAUGGAAACUUUGCCCAUUUCUUUGGGCCAGUGUAACUUCUUAUCAUGCACCUGCAUUCCUUCUACUCUGUAUGGACCCAGAAACCAGAAAGGUGAGCAAAGGGACGGGAUGGGAGAAAUAAGGGUCAUCAAAAAAAUAAUUUUAUCGUAUCCUGUAAAUUCUGUUACUAAGCAUUUCUGCUGCUGUUUUUCAAGCUUCCACAUGUUGUUUAGAUGGCAGUUUUGUGGCUCUUUGUACAACGUACCUGUUCAGCUCAGUGAAGCAGAAGAUAACUUCCUGCUCUUUUCAAACCCUUGACUAGCCAGAUACACUUUUAUUGAAUGCUCAUUCAUUAUGAAUUGAGACGUAAAUCAUUUUAAGACCCUGAAUGUAAAUGUCACUGCAAUUAUGUUGUAGUUAUGGAGCAAGAGGUCAUGAAUAAACAAAGCAAUG